AUGGCAGGGUACCCUCUGCAAGGAAAGAUCACACUGCAUGGAGAGGUCACCCCAUCCAAACCUGCACUGCAGAGGAGGGUCAUUCAUCUGAAAAACAUAACUCUGAAAAGAGAAGGCCCUCUCCUGGGAAAAAUCACCGCACAAGGAGGUGUCGCCUCAGCAAAGAGUUACCCUGCAGAGGAGGGUUACUCCUUUGAGAGGGCCAUGGACCCAGGCACCAGCACCCAGUAUUUCUGCACCACUGAGGCCCAAGGGGAACCCGCAGAUGCAGGUGCUGGACAUGAGUUCUGUGACAAGAUCGCCAAGACCGAGACUGCAGAUUUGACCAAGAAAACACCUGCACAGAAGAGGCAGAGGAACAGAUCUUCAUCCCUGGCCCAAAGGAACAUCGUGGGCCACAGAAUCUCUCACAAGUGGAAGGAAGGGGAUGGGCCCAUCACCCAUUGGAGAGGAACGGUUCUCCAUCAGGUUCCUCUUAAUCCCCCUCUCUAUCUUGUGAAAUACGAUGGAAUUGGUUGCGUCUAUGGGUUGGAACUUCACCAAGAUGAAAGAGUGUUGUCCCUUAAGGUGCUCUCUGAUACAGUCAAUCCAUCCCCACUCCCUGAUCCUAACUUUGCAGAUACCAUAAUUGGCAAAGCGGUGGAGCACUUGUUUGAGGGUGAGCAAGGUGUAAAAGAUAUUUGGAGGGGGAUGGUUCUGGCCCAAGCUCCUAUACUUAAUGCCUGGUUUUACAUUACCUAUGCAAAUGAUCCCACCUUAUACAUGUACCAGCUUCUGGAUGAUUAUAAAGAGGGCAACCUCCGUAUCCUGCCAGAAUACAAUGAGAUUCCUCGACCAGAUUUAAGACUGAAAUUUAAGGAUGGGCUGAUAGGCAAGAUUGUGGAAUAUACCCAAGACGACGGUUCUAAAAGGACCGGCAAAGUGAUUGGUGAAGUAGAAGCCAAACCAUCGGUGUACUUGAUGAAAUCUGACGAUGAUGUUCAUAUCCAUGUCUAUGACUUAGUGAAAUAUGUCUAA